AUGAAAGUGGCUUUCCAGCUAGGGUGUCUCGUAGCACUUUUAGUAUUGACAAGUGCACGAGACAUCAGACAGAAGCGCGAAGCAGAUCUUGAACCUGCAGCAUCUCAUCAUGAAAAAGGAGGAGGUCACGAACAUCACGGACACCAUCACCACGAACACGGUGGAAAGGGCUUCAAAAAUUACAAAGGACACCACCACCACGAACAUGGCAAAAAAGGGCACCAUGACCACGAAGGACACAAAGGACAUCAUAACCAACACGGAGGACAAAAAAAACACCACCAUCAUGAUGAUGGCCACUACCAUGAACAUCAUCACGGUGAAAAAGGAGAAAAAGGACACGGGUUCGAAGAAAAGGGGCAUUAUCAUAAAGGUCAUUCUACCAAGGGGCACCAUGGAGUUCAUAAAAUAGACGAAUUUAAGAAAAACAAACAUUUCCACGAUAAACAUGGGGAGCAUAGUUUUGAAGAAGGCUAUGGUGGACACCAUGACGAACAUGGCCAUAAGAAAGGUGGGCACUUCCAUAAGGGCCAUGAGCAUCAUGGACACCAUGAACAUCAUCAUGGCAAAAAGGGCCAUCAUGAGAAGGGAGGUCACCACCAUGAACAUAAAGGACACCAUGAUGAAGGCGAUCACCACGAACACCAUCACCACCACAGCGGCCAUGGAAAGAAGGGUGGCCACGAAGAUCACAAACACUGGGGCUUCAAAAAGGGUCAU